AUGAAUUCUGUGAAGAGUUUCAACAUGUUGGAAGAAGUGAACCUAGAUUUACAGAACUGUAGAUCGAUUGAGGAGUUCCAUCUUCUCGAUAGAGUUAACGAAGGAACAUUUGGAGUUGUAUACAGAGCAAGGGACAAGACAGGAUUCUCCAUCGCCGCGCAGAGAGAGCUCGACCUACUGAUGGAGAUGGAGCACAUCAACAUUGUCACAGGGCACGAGAUCGCGGUGGGCUCCAGAAGUGACGAGGUAUUCCUAGUUAUGGAAUAUGUGCCAAACGAAAUGAACAGCUUAAUGCAUACAAUGCGUAACAACAGGGUAACGUUUGGCCCCGAACACGUAAAGUGCCUCAUGCUUCAAUUACUGACCGCCGUUCAAUAUCUCCACCACAGCCGUGUAUUUCACCGUGAUCUCAAACCAUCCAAUAUUCUAAUUACUGAAGAUGGCAUACUGAAGGUGGCAGAUUUCGGAAUGGCCCGAGAUUAUGAUAUCCCGUAUCAGCAAUAUACGCCGGUUGUGGUAACGCGCUGGUACCGUGCGCCCGAGCUGCUACUACACAGCGACACAUACGGCACUCCUAUAGACAUGUGGAGUGUCGGGUGCAUAUUCGCUGAGCUGAUGAAUUUGCAGCCGCUGUUUCCCGGGUCAUCCGAAAUUAAUCAGUUAAAAGUAAUUUUCGAGGUUCUGGGUACACCAUCAGACACAGUUUGGCCCGGCUAUAGCAAGUUGACACUGACAAGCAAUAUAAUAUUCGACGAGUUUCCAUCUGGCGGGUUGCGCAAGAAGAUAGACCAGGACCUACUCACGGAUAACGGAUUUUCUCUGCUGCUUGAGUUGUUGACAUACGAUCCGUCAAUGCGCGCGACAUCAACUGAGGCAUUGCUGCACCCUUACUUUGACGAGCAGCCGUUGGCGGUGGAGCCGGCCAUGUUUAUGACGUCGCUGUGGUCAGAGUACUCAGACUCUGAUACGGGAAAUGACCAGCAGUACUCCGGCUCAGACACAUGGUACGACGAGCAGUACUCCAGAACUGACACGGGAGAGGAUCUUACCUCUAAACACUAA